UUUCCAAAUUGGCAAUUUGAAGAUCAUACGGUAGAUACAAUAUAAACUUUUAUAUUUCUCCUCUUUUCUUUUCUUUUCUUUUCUUUUCUUUUCUCUAUACAUACUAUUUAUAUACGUUCACUUAACUUUUCAUGCGGAAACAAUCUUUUGGAUCAAAUUCUACACACAAUGUUAUCCUUGCUUUAGGGCCAAGUGAACAAACAAAUUCAAAUCCAUCAACACCCGACUCAUCUAUCAAAACGGUUCCUGAAAAGACGCAUAGAGUUUGUCAUAAAGAUAUCUUGAAAUCAAGUUCCAAUUACUUUAAUGCUAUAUUUGAUAGUCAAUUUCAAGAAGCAGAAGCCUCUAUUAUUUUUUUACCUCGUGGUAUCUUUUCUGCUUCUGUUUUAGACGACAUACUUUACUUUAUGUACACUAAGCAUAUAAAAGACGACAACGAAAACGACAACAUGAAUGAAUUAAUAUCGGGUGAUCGGAGCUCAGAACAGUUGGACCAACUACAAUCAGUGUAUUUAGCAGCAGACUAUUUAGGCAUGGAUGACUUGUGUUUAGCGAUAAAAGAAUAUAUCAUUCGAUUAACACAUGGAUUAAUAUGCUAUUGUGAAAGCUGUAUAUGUCUCGUUCCUCAGCUGCUUUCUUUUGCUGGUCCAAAUAGCCAAAACGAUCCCAACUUGAGUCAGCUUACUCACUCAAUUCUCAAGCUAUUAAUUCAAGACCCAGAAAAGACACUGCCUACAUAUUGGUCAAGCGAAUCCAUGGCUUGGCUUUUAGUAGAGACCGACUCACUGCAUGCUUAUUUGGAAGCCAGACUUUUAGAACAUGUCAACAAAAACAAUGUUAUUGAAGCUUUACAUGGUUGUUUCUUGAGUAAACACAGUCAUCAAAGCCAUUGGUCUUUAUUAGCUGCCACACAGAAAAAAGUGCAAAAGGCUAGCUCCAGAUUGUUAGCAGAUCAUUUUGACUUUUAUUGCACUCAAUAUCCAAAGCUAUUGCCUUGUGUGGAUGGUAUUAUAUACUCUUUCGGCUUUUUGGGUUAUCUGUUUAACACGGUGCUGGACGAAAUGAAUGAAUGUAACGUAGUUUCGCUUUAUAAAGGCAUUGUACGGAGUCUUAUGUGCCGAGACUCAGUUCAAAGAACGCCCUCCGUGAAACAAAUUCUGCAAUCUGCAAGAACCAAAACGAUAAGAUUUAUAGCCAAACACUUAGACAAGAUAAAAGAAUUGAACACAAUUGACAAAAGUGUGAUAGAACAACUUGCGCAAGACUUGGUUGUACCAUCAAGUGCAUUAUUAGCUGACGAUGACUCAAAAAAUAAGUUUAUAAAUAAAAGAUUUUAUUCCAUGUCUAGGAAAAAGAAUACACAUUGGAACACAAGCAAGAUACGCUCAAGGUUAAGCACCAUCUUGUUUGGUCAAGCCUCUUAUAAAAUUGGUCAACGAGUUCAGCUGGUUAAUAGACCUGUAGUGACCAUUGGUACUGUUAUGUAUGUGGGAAAACUAUCGGGUGAUAAUAAUGAAAUCUUCUUGGGUCUGGAGUUGGACAGAAGUGUUGGCUCAAACGAUGGGUUCCUAAAUGGAAAAAGAUAUUUUACCACUUCUCCAAAUAGAGGCAUCUUUGUCAAACCUUCACAAAUUGCUUUGGCUUAAUCAAUCUCCUUUCUUUCUAUUAUCAACUGUAUUUAAUAAAAAAAAAUAAUUUGUGUC